AUCAGCGCUUUUAGCGGCAGACGACGACCCGCCGCAGUUUGGAGUGUUCGGCAGCACCGGUGUCAACGUAGUCAGCUCUGGUGCGGUGGUACGAGAGGAAAAAGAAAAGCUAAGCUCGCCAAGCCGAACCUCCGGGUCCAGUGGACAAAAUCCGAGUGGUCAUCCCCUUCCUUCUGAGCGUGCAUCAUGGACAAGCACCCCAAGGUUGCCGACGAGAUUCAGCAGGAGCUGGCCAGCUUCAACGCUGCCUCCUUGAAGCACACCGAGACCCAGGAGAAGGUUCUUCUUCCUUCCAAGGAAGAUGUGCAGCAGGAGAAGAUCCACAACAGCCUGCUGGAAGGUGUGGAGCAGUUUGAGAAGACGAGCAUGAAGCAUGCACAAACGCAGGAGAAAGUGUGCCUCCCCAAAAAAGAAGACAUUGAGUCCGAGAAGGAGCACAAGCAAAUGAUUGAAGGCAUCGAGACCUUUGACCCCUCGAAGCUGAAACAUGCGGAGACCAGUGUUAAGAACCCACUGCCGACCAAGGAAGUUUGAACCUUAUGGAACCUACCACAGUACCAUUACAUUCAAUUCAUAGAGCAGGAGAAAGCCGCGUGAAGAGCUGUGCUAAUGCCAACACAACCGAUGCCAAGAGAAACAAAGAUCCAGUCAUCGUGUAUCUCCUUGUCCCGCUUUUUUUUUUUUCUGCAUCCUCCCGGGGGGUCUUCCUCUUCACAUCCUGGGCAUGCAUCCCUCUUGUAACUCGGUGGCCACACCAGCCAUUUCUUUAGUAGCAUUAUUGCUGGCAGCCUUUCAUGAACAGAGGUGCUUGUCUGUGCGUGCAUGGUGUCGGUAGCAGAGGGUCACGAAUGCUUAAACCUGUGCAACCAGAAGGUGCUCUGCGGUUGGGGUUGCCUUGGCUGGCGUCUAUGGCUGUGCUGCGUUUUUACACAUCGACACCAUGCAGCGACAGGUUGUGUGAAAGAUUCCUGUUUAGGCUGCCUUGCAAUUUGCAAACAGGAUUUUCGAGCUGGUUGUGGCACCUUUCGUUAUUGAUGCAUUUUGUACGUGGAAAGGCGGUCGGAUGUUUAUUUAAUAAAUAAUUUCACUUUCGGAA